CCUGCUUACAUCACAAUACAGCGCGGUGACUGCAAUUGAAACAAGGAGCUAGUUGUAAACUACAUUAUUGUCUAGCUUUGUUGUGGUUUUACUAUGUCCGGCAGGGGGAAAACCGGUGGGAAGGCCCGUGCCAAGGCCAAGUCUCGGUCGUCCAGAGCUGGACUUCAGUUUCCAGUGGGUCGUGUCCACAGACUGCUACGCAAAGGGAACUAUGCUGAGCGGGUAGGCGCCGGGGCGCCUGUGUAUCUGGCCGCUGUGCUGGAAUAUCUGACGGCUGAAAUCCUUGAGCUGGCCGGAAACGCAGCCAGAGACAACAAAAAGACCAGGAUCAUCCCCCGCCAUCUGCAGCUCGCAGUCCGUAACGACGAGGAGCUGAAUAAACUUUUAGGUGGCGUUACCAUCGCCCAAGGCGGAGUGUUGCCAAACAUCCAAGCUGUGCUGCUGCCCAAGAAAACUGAGAAACCAGCCAAGAGCAAGUGACGAGCUUCGUGACCGAGGACACUGACAUCACAUCACGGCUCCACACACAGCGAUGCCACCAUUUUGAGUCUCUAAAGUAACACAUUUUCUUCUUCUCGCUUGAUUCUGCAUUGUCUUAAGGUGUUAUGAAACUGAAUUAUGCUGUUGUUUCUCGGAGAUAUGCUUGUUUGUGAGGCAUCGAGACGGCGGACAUGUUCAACCUGCCCGUGAACAAAAGGUGGACUGUGAACGGAUUAAAAUGGGGGAAAUACGUGGGUUGGACGUUUAGUAUACACGGUAGUUUUUAGACCAGUGCUUGUUGUCGUUCUCACUGCUUUUAAAUGACCUUGUUAAUUUUUUUCCUCCUGUUAAUUAAAUAAAUGUUCAGAGCCGGAUUAAGGCACAAAGACUCGGUGUAUUUUUCCGAGCCGCAGAAAUCUGCAUGAAUUAAAGUGCACCUGUAAUGUUUA